AUGGAGCAUAAUAAUGGAGAUACUUCUAGCUGGUCGAUGCAGCGACGAAUGGAAGGUUUGCUCAACAAACACAUGGCAGACAUAGCACUAGAAAGACUCCAGCAGAGACUAUCAGCUGUGUCCAACAAAAUGAACAAUCUUGCGGAACAUGUUUCGAGACGCUCGGAGGAUGUUCCCAAAUAUGAUAUUCCAAGACGCACAGAUGUAAACUUUGACGUUGAGUCGCUGAGUGCAAUGUUUAGCACAGGUGGUGUUGGGGAAAAGUUGUCAAUGCCAGGCACCUCAUCAUCAGCAGGUAACGUUUUACCCUUGCCUGAUUAACUAUAGUUAUGUUAUUAAAGUGAAUUUCCCACUUUGUUUUGUAUUUUCUUGGAAGUAACAAGUAUCGGGAAAAAAACUAUGAAUCCCAGGAAUAAUUCAGCUGUGUGACCAAUCAGAUUCACAGGAGUAACAUCGCACCCCUAGGCUACAUUUCUAAUUGGCUGAAGAGUUACAGUAGCAAAUGACACUCACUCGUUGUUUUAGAUUGAUGGGGAAAAUAAAUGACUACACCUAGGCCUGUCACUGUUCUAAAAUGUGACACAUAAUAUGUCAAUUCAGUAAAUUCUUGAAAUUCCAAUUAUUUUUUCUCUCCAAUUCUCAAGAAAAGAACACAUCCUUGAAAAUAAUAAUAAUCAUGUUUUAUAGUUUCCAUCUGAAAUGUCAAUUAAUAGUCCCUAUUCUGUAAUCCUCUUCCAUUGUAUGGAAUUGGCCCCUACCUUGACCCUGUGUUAUCCCAAAUCAGUUUCUAUCCACUGUUCCUCAGAGACGGCUGCCCAGCGUAAAAUCAUCUCCCUGCUGGUGGAGAUUAAGGAGGAGCAGCAGAGACAGUGGGGCGUUUUGAAGGAGAUGCAGGCCAGGGUUCAGGGCCAGAGCUUUCCGGAGGUAGAGGAAGAGGUGGAGGCUCUAGACAUCGACAUCCCUCUGAGGACUAUGGAGCAGCUAGAUGACACAGAGAGGCACCUGGAUGAUGCAGGAGCACAGAAGAGAAUGUUAGGUGGAUCCGCAAAGGCUUGA